AUGAAUUCACUGCCAUCAGAUGCUCGUAUCGAUAAUAGUAUGCUACAGGACAAUGUCGAAGUAGCAAUAGAAACGCCUACCAUUUCGUCGAUAUUAGACUCUUUGUCAACACCGGGAACGAGCACGACCGAAGAAUCUGAUCAUGAACUGAUGCAAAUCUCAAACAUCUGCUAUGUUGGCGCUGGCUAUGUCGGGGGCACAAACGCAGCAGUAACAGCGCUAACCAAUCCCGAAAUACAAGUCAACGUUGUUGACAUUGACGAAAGUAAAAUCGCUCACUGGAAUUCAAACCACUUGCCGAUCAAUGAAGCUGGUCUCGAUGUGGUAGUUCGAAUCGCCCGGGAUGGCCUUUAUCAGAAGACAACAGGUCGAAGCACUCGCUUGGCCAACCUUGGUUUCUCAGCACAUCUCGCCCAGCACGUCAGCGAGGCGGACAUGAUCUUUCUUGCGGUUAGUACACCUACGAAAACUUUUGGACAGGGCGCUGGGUCUGCAAUUGAUAUUGCAGACCUCAAGUCAGCAGUCGAGAUCAUAGCUGCAGAAGCGAAGCCAGGAGCCAUCAUUGUAGAGAAGAGUACAGUACCUUGUAAGACAGUGGACAUGAUCAAAGGUGUGUUACAAUAUCUCCGCCCAGGCGUUCCAUUUGAAGUUCUUUCAAAUCCUGAGUUUCUUACCGAAGGGACCGCGAUAGCGGAUCUGUUGAGGCCUUCACGCAUCCUUAUAGGGUCGCAAAAGACAUCUACAGGACUUGCAGCAGCCAAGAAGCUUGCUGCACUUUACCAUUGGAUACCGCCCAAGAAGAUCCUACAAAUGACACAGUGGUCAGCGGAGCUAUCCAAACUAGUGUCGAAUGCCUUCUUGGCGCAAAGAAUAAGCAGCAUCAACACGAUUAGUGCAAUUUGUGAAGCCAAUGGUUCAGACAUAGCCGAUGUUUCCCAUGCCAUCGGUCUGGAUCCUCGGAUUGGCUGUGACUAUCUCCAGUCAGGUCUUGGUUUUGGAGGGUCAUGUCUGAAGAAGGAUACUCUAAGCCUUUCUUAUCUCGCUGAGGCCCUACAUCUUCCCGAGGUUGCAUCUUACUGGAGGUCUGUGAUCGACGUCAAUGUCUGGCAAGUCGAUCGGUUCGUUAGCAAGGUAGUUGAGUCGUUCCAUGGGACGUUGAGGUCUGAGAAAUUGGCGAUUUUCGGUUUCGCUUUCAAGGAGAAUACAUCGGACGCACGCGACUCUCAGUCUAUUCAAGUCAUUCAACGACUCUUGGAGGAACGUCCAGGGCGUAUCACCAUCUACGAUCCAGGAUGCGACCCUUAUCUUUUGGACAUCCAGCUUUCGCAAUCAUUUCGAGGUAGUAAAUGUCCGUUGAAAGCUUGUUCGAACCCAUACCAAGCUUGCGACGGGGCUUCCGCGGUCCUGAUACUUACACCCUGGGCCGCGUUCAGCUAUCCACCUGCUCCACUAGAUCGUUCCAAGAAGACAAAGCUCAAUUAUGACGACAUCCUGGUCACCCAUCCGGAUGGUUACGUUAAGUUAACCCUUCCUGGGGUCGUGGAAAAUCAGGAAGGUUACCUGAAGUCAGGACCAGCUUGCCCGGGUGGGUGUUCAAGGUGCUCUCUUGUUGAUGAACAGCAACAUCAAGGUCCAUGCAAUCAGCACGUAGAAUGGGAGCGCAUUGUAAAUUGCAUGAGGAGUCCAAAGUGGGUAUUCGAUGCGCGACAACAGGUAGAGGUAGAGGAACUGGCACAACUAGGAUGUAGUGUGUUUUCAUUAGGACGAAGCGAGACAUACCUGGGAUAG